AUGUGCGCCGCGAUAUCGAUUGCUGAAACCAGCAUACCGCUGGUGAACGUCUGCGCAAAGUCGCAGGAGGUCGAGACUCGCAGCACUCCCAGCCGCUUUACCGUAUCGUACGCCAGCCGUGCUGCCUCUUCUUCCUCGCCAAUGCCGGUAGUGCCGUCGUGCGCGCGGGAUGACAUGGCGCUCCAGAAGGAGAUGGUCGAGGCGGACAAGCAAGCGGACCUGGCGGCCUUUAUUGCUCAGCAGGAAAAGACAUGCGUCAUCUCCGAGGCGGACCGCCGCCGGAGCAUCAUCAUGCUCUUGAACACCGCCGCGCAGCGCGACAUUAAAGAGGGCAGCCAUGCAGGCUAUCCGGAGCAGGUGGUGGACUUCAUGCGUCAGACAUGGGCCGCUUUCAUUCAGCAGGCGAAGGACUUCUACCAAGAAGAUGCAGACGAGCCAUUCACGAUGGAGCUGAGCCGCAACGCCUUGGAGAACACCUCGUCUAUCGGCGUUUGGUUCACUGGCCCGCAGAUUUCGCUUCCGCUCCGCCGCUACACGGUUCAGGUGGUCGGCCCCGAUGGCGCGCCGCAGAACAUCACCGCUGUGGGUCUGCUGAGCUUCGCAUACUCAACCUAUGUGAUGCACCUCCGCUUAAUGUCGCAGCAGAGUGCUCUCGAUGGGCUUGCCCGCAUGCAGGAGCAGCUCGGCACCGACUCACUCUUUCUCCCGCAACUCCUCGUGGCCCCCUCAUAA